UGGAAGGGAUCGUUGAAGAAGCGUCCUGCUUUAUUUGUCAAUAAUGCCCGGAAAGGACCUUUCAAUUCGGUACGAUCCGAUCAAUGAAGCCAACACGUUUAGUCGUGGCGACUUCGUUAAAGGACGAGUAAUUUUGGAACUUAACAAGGAGAUCAAGGCUGAUGCGUUUUUCGUCAAACUGAAAGGGGAUGCAAAUGUACGCUGGACAGAGAGACAUAAUGACAAAAACCGUACUUAUUCAGCACACGAAAGAUACUUCAAACUGAAACACUAUUUUAUUCGCGAAGGCUCCGAAGCUGGAGGCAGUGAAGUGACCUGUGGGGAUACCUACAGUAAUGUUGUGCCUCCAGGGACCCAUGUAUAUGAGUUCUGCUUUCAGAUUCCACAAGGGCUCAUGCCACCAUCUUUUAAGGGCCACCAUGGAAAAAUUACUUACAGACUGGAGGCUAAGUUGAGCAGGUCGUGGAAGUUUCCGUUGACUGCAUCAACUGAGCUCCAGUUUGUCUCGCGGCCAGAUGGGACAGAGCUGACAGUGCCCCUGGCUGGAGAAGCAAACAAGGAAAUGUCACUGUUCACCUCUGGAAGUGUCUCCAUGAAAGCAAACACUGAGAAAAUGGCAUAUAUGCAAGGUGAACUGGUGAUAGUUACAGCAGCUGUCAAAAACUCUUCAUCUCGUCCUCUCAAAAUCAAAUACAGUCUUCAGCAGAGACUAAAGUACAUUGCUUCAGGAUCCUCUAAAACUUCCAGCCACUACAUAUUUAAAGAAGUUGGGGAUCCAAUCCCGACUGGACAGAACCAGACUAUCACCAAAGAACUGCAGCUACCAUCUGACGUCCAGCCCUCCAUUGUGCAUUGUAAAAUCAUCAAACUGGAGUACACUCUGAAGGUGUACCUUGAUGUUCCCUAUGCUUCAGACCCAGAGAUUGUUUUCCCAUUGGUUAUUCUACCUCGAGGACAAUUCCCCUUGUCUACACCUUCAAGAGGUCCCUUUGGAGCUGGUCAACCAGGAUGGAAUGGUCCUCCUACCCAUAAUGCAGCAGGGCCAUAUCCAGAUGCUUCUGCCUCUGGAGUUUACCCUUCCCCAACGGCACCAGGACCAUACCAGCAUCAUUUCACUCCAUCUAUGCAACCGGAAUUUUCAAACCCUAAUGCUCCUCCACCCACGUAUUCAGAAUUAUACCCAACUCCAUCUGCGCCAGCACUGUAUCCAAACUUACCACCCCCUACUGCACAAGGUUUCUACCCAGCCCCAAGUGCCCCGGGACAGUAUCCAAACCCAAAUGGCUCAGGGUCUUUUCCAGUGCCUACUGCCCCAGGCUACAAUCCACCCCCUUACAGCACUACUGGCAAUCCAGUUCCAUCUGCCCCGGAAUACUGUCCAGAUCCCUAUCCAACUAAGACACCCCAGUAGCAGGGUUUGAAUUAGUGUGUGUGAGUGUGCAUGUGUGUGUAAG